AGGGGAUAGAAUGAGAAACUAAGCAGCGGAACUGGCUUUAGGUCCAGGGUUUAAUUUGAAGGGCCUUUAGUCUAUGGAUACCCAUGUUUCUCUUCAGCCCCAGACAGGUUUACAGGCUUGUUUUUCAAGUUCUACCAAAAAUCUAUUCUGCUUUCCAGAUUAACUAGCCGCGUUGGUAGGAAACCACUAGCACCAGGAAAUGCGCCACUUUCUUCGGGUUCCCAUAACAAGUCAAAGCCACCGGCAAAUUGGAAUGUGAUUUAUCUGAAUUCAGAGACAGGUCUAAAGAGUGGCUCGAAAGGGCAACAUACGACCAUUUAGGCUACCUUUUGGCAGAAUCAGGUGCGUUUUAACUUUUUAAUUUCCUCAAAUUCCGACUAACAUUUUGUUAGGCUUCAGUUUAUUUUUAUUCAUCAUCAGCAUCUAUUUACGGGAAAAUUCAGAGAUGGCCAGCCAGAGCGAGGUGAUUGACAGGUUGAGGGCUACGUUCAGGUCAGGCUUGACCUUUCCAGAGCAGUUCCGUAUGACCCAGCUCCAGAACCUUCUCUCCCUGGUCGAAGAAAACGAGCAGCUGAUACAAGAUGCUCUCCACAAGGACCUCCAUAAGCCCAAGUUUGAGUCGGUCCUGUCAGAGAUUCAGAUCACCCUGAAUGACCUGUACUUCGCCAUGGAAAACCUCAGGACCUGGAUGCAGCCGGAAUACAACAUUGGCAAGAAUCUGGCCACUAGGAUGGAUGACUGUUUCAUACGCAGGGAACCCUUGGGGGUAGUUUUAAUCAUCGGGGCGUGGAACUACCCUCUACAUCUUAUUCUCUUACCUUUGGUUGCUGCAAUUGCUGCAGGAAACUGUGCCAUUCUGAAGCCGUCAGAGAUCUGUCAGGCCACCGAGCAACUCCUGGCAGAACUCAUCCCCAAAUACUUGUCUCAGGACUGCUAUGCAGUACUAUGUGGUGGAGCAGAGGACACCAAGUCAUUGCUGAAGAAUAAAUUUGACCACAUUUUCUACACAGGUUCCCAGGUGGUGGCCCGUUCCAUCCUGCUAGCGGCGGCGCCUCACCUGACCCCCGUCACCCUGGAGCUGGGUGGCAAGAGCCCCUGCUUCAUCUACGGCCAUAUCGACAUCCAGAAGGCCGCCAAGCGCCUGUGCUGGUCCAAGUUCUUCAACACUGGCCAGAGCUGUGUGGCACCCGACUACGUCCUCUGCACAGCCCAGACCCGGGACGCCCUACUGCCUGCUCUCCGGGAGACCCUGCGGACCUUCUACGGGCCGGACCCCGGAGCGAGCCUGGACAUGGGGCGCAUAGUCACCCCACGCCACUGGAGACGCCUGAUGGACAUGCUGGAGAAGUCCAAGGGGAAGGUGGUGAUCGGAGGGGGGAGCUGCGAGGAGGACAGGUAUAUUGCUCCCACAGUGUUGGUGGACGUGCAGGAGUCUGAUGCUCUAAUGCAGGAGGAGAUCUUUGGCCCCAUCCUGCCCAUCCUAACCAUAGAGUCUCUGGAGGAGGGCAUAGACUACAUCAACCGCCAAGAGAAACCCCUGGCCCUCUACGUCUUCUCUGACGAGACCUCGGUGGUGACCACAGUGUUGAACAACACCAGUAGUGGUGGUUUCUGCGGCAAUGAUGGUAUAGUACACAUGGCCUUGCCAGGCCUGCCCUUUGGAGGAGUAGGUGCCAGUGGGAUGGGUAGCUACCACGGCCGCUGGGGCUUUGAGACAUUCAGCCACAGGCGGGGCUGUAUGAACCGGAGCUGGUUGCUGGAGAGGGUCAACGUCCUGCGCUACCCGCCCUACAGCGACUCCAACCUGGGCUGGUUGCGCUGGGCCACCACCUUCAAGAAGAACAGCUGGGGAGGCUGCUCAGUCAUGUGAGAGUGGCACCCGGUGCGUGCCUGACUGUACUUCCAAAGCCGAUGGGCUUUUCUUAAAGGUCCAAUGCAGCAGUUUUAUCUCAAUGUCAAAUAAUUUUGGGGUAACAAUUAAGUACCUUACUGUGAUUGUUUUCAAUUAAAAUGGCCAACAAGUAGCAUCUUCUUAGCAAAGAGCAAUUUGUCAAGAAAGAAUUUAGCUAGGACUGCCUGGGAGUUGUCUGGGUGGGGAGGGGAAAACUAGCUGUUGGUAGAGGUUUGGAUCUCUUAUUGGUCUAUUAACUCAUUUACCGCCUGGAGUUGUCACCAGGCAUUCCAAGAGUCCCUUCCCACCUAAAUGGGCUGAAAUUUCAGGCAGUCUUUAUAAACUGCUCUUACACUAAAAGGGUAUUAUCAUUUUUCACAGUAUUAUUCCAUAAUGUGGAAUGUAUAAAACACUGUUUUUUUUUUUUACUGCACUGGGCCUUUAAAGUAUCUGUCCAGUGUUCCAGAUGUCUAUUAAAUAAUUUACCUAAAAUUUUUAAAAAUAUAUAUAUAAUUAAGGAUGUUAAACAGCUUUUCUCUGUGGCCUGAUUGGAAAUAGUGGUUGGGUGUACUCUGGUUAAAAAAAAUUAAAAAGCGCUGACAUGCCAGCUCAGCUAAUGAGAUGCACAAACACUUGGAUAUUCAAAUUAGCUACCAACGCCAUGUGGGGCAGUGCUGUAUGCCUAGCAGGCUUGCUUUCUUUUUCGGGGGGCCUUGGCUGUGUAUAGGUUGCCUGCCACUAAGAAUCCGAGUCACAUUCUGCACAUGUUAUUUUUACGCACACUACGGAACUGCUGCUCACACUCCCCUUCCAUUACCUUUCUCUCUUUACUCACCCUCUUCUGAACUGAUACUAUGAUGCCUAUCUCUGCCUUAUGUUUUUGAACAGCUGAAAUGAAAUAAAAACUGCUGCAAAUUGAUCAAACAUUCCCCAAAAUAUUUUUUGAAGGCUAAACAACCUUCUCGGUUGUAACAGAUAUUUUAGUUGCACAAGCAGGACUCAUUAAACUAUCAGCGUUUUGUGUGAUGUAGGCCCACCCAUACUCAACUAGUGGACCGGAUCGGUCGGGCUUCGAUCCCUGGUAUCAUAUAAACACAAAGGACAUGAAAGAAUGCAUAGAAUUGCAGAAUAUUUGCUUUAAAACAGCAAAAAAAUCAUAUUUGCCCCAUGCAAAAUGUGUAGAAUUGCAGGAAAUUAGCUAUAAAACUGCAACAUUUUCAAGAUAGGUGGGAACAGAUUGAGGUCGCAUGGGUUGUGAGGUGGGGGUUUGUUACUACAUGGAUAAAUUACAUUAUCCAUCCGGACCACCUCAGAAAUAUGUAUGUGACUGGACCUUCUCAAAUAGUACUUGAGUACCCCUGAUUAGGCUAAUCUUCAUAGUUACUGUCAUAUUGUAGUAGUACUGUAGGAUAAUACAGGAUAAGUACAGUAGUAAAGUUCCUGAAAAAAUAAUGCAACUCCCCACUUAGAGUUUUGCAUAGGAACUCUCUGUGUUUUCCCACACACAGGCCCUACUAACUGCUAUUUCGCUUUUCAAUGAUCAUGCAAGUACAGCAUGAGUAGCGGUUCCACCUCUAGGCAGCUGAGCGUGUGAAUCCGGAACGGUAACCUCAGUCUGACAAUGGGCGAGUUCAUUCUGUGGUGCACGUGCGCUAUUAUCUCUUAUAUCGUUUGUCAACUACUGCCUACUAUACUGAACAAAAAUAUACACAUUGUUUUUACAAUUUUACUGAUUUACAGUUCAUAUAAGGAAAUCAGUCAAUUGAAAUAAAUUCCUUAAACCUUAAUCUAUGGAUUUCACAUGACUGGAGGGCAUAUUCCCACCUACUUGGGAGCCAGGCCCAGCCCAUCAGAAUGAGUUUUUCCCCACAAAGGGCUUUAUUAUGACAAAUACUCUGCAGUUAAUCGGCUGUCCAGUCCAGGGCUGGUUGCACGUGUGGUUGUGAGGCCGGUUGGAUGUACUGCCAAAUUCUCUAAAAUGACAUUGGAGGUGGCUUAUGGUAAAUAAAUUAACAUUACAUUUUCUGGCAACCGCUCUGGUGGACAUUCCUGCAGUCAGUAUGUCAAUUACACGCUCACUCAACUUGAGACAUCUGUGGCAAUGUGUUGUGAUUACAACUGCACAUUUAGUGGCCUUUUAUUGUCCCCAGCACAAGGUGCACCUGUGUAAUGAUCAUGCUGUUUAAUCAGCUGUCAGAUGGAUUAUCUUGGCAAAGGAUAAAUGUUCACUAACAGGGAUGUAAACUAAUUUGUGCACAAUUUGAGAGCAAUAAGCUUUUUGUGCGAAUGGAAAUAUUUCGGAAUCAUUUAUUUCAUCUCGUGAAGCAUGGGACGAACACUAUACAUGUUGAGUUUUAUAUUUUUGAUUAUAAUUGUCAUAGUUAUGCUGCCAUAUCGUAGCAAGAGUUGCUGAAAAAAGAACUAGCCAAUGUUUGCAAUGAGAAAAUAAUUGCUAUUUUGACUGCCUGUAUAUCGUAUGUGUGUUUGAUGUACUGUUACAACAGACAAAGUUUGUAGGAACAUGUCGAUCAUGUUUUCUGUGUACAACAUGAUAGCUGCAUGUUAGCCUAACACCCCCCCUGAAAAAAGAACAUGAAAUUGCACUUGAGGCAUGGAAUGCAUAGUUUGAACAUGCCCACCAUAUCUUUAGUGUACAACACAAUGUUUCCCCCUCCAUGUCAAGGAGGAAGUAGCAGCAGCAGAGCAUGUUAGCUUACUGCUUCUAAACAGCCAGCAGGCCAAUUUACAAACCCCAGAUUUUAAAAUGGAAGCGACUGAGAUUGUUGUUGUAUAGGCUUACUCAUUUUUGCUAACACAACCUGUGGAUUGCUUGGCUUGUGUGCUGCAGUGUGCCCUCUCCAUUAACUGUUUGUCACAAGUCAGUUUCAGUGGGCCUGUUUGGUUUGAGUACUUGAAAAGAAGGCUGUACUUGUAUAGGGCCAUUGAGUCAGCAGAAAAGAGCUGUGAGAAAGGGGGAAAGAGGUGCUACCUGUGGUUCUGGUUUAACCAGGUUAUUCAAGGGAGGGACACAGGCUGCAUCUCAAGUCUUGAUUGCCUUCCUUCCCUUGUCUCCUCUCCUUUACCAUGAAAUGGAAAACUGAAGAAAGGUGAAAGUACUGUGGUAGAUGCCAAUGGCUUUCACCUGUCCUGUUCUUUCAAAUCUUUGCAGCUGUAGGGAAGGAGAGCUGCUAUUGCAAUCCACCCAGGGUGUGGUUUCAGUUCUGUGUGUUCACUGCUACAUCACAAUGGUCUAAACCUGCUUCUUCCACUCGUCUUGCUUUGACCCAUCAGAUCAGAAUAGAUGAGUGGAAGCCACUAUAUUGAAAUGUUUCCCCAGAUUUUGAAAUGCACUGGCUACCAGGGUCUGGAGAGGUAAAGGGUUUUUAGCACUGUUGCACAAGACCCCCAUUGUUUACCAUGGGGUUAGUAUAGUUCACAGAACGGUCUUAUGUAACACUUUUACUGGGUUUUGUUAGACUCUGUGUGACAUAUUAGGUGGUGGAUGUUUUUGAUUUUAAAAGUUUUGUUCAGAAGACAUUAAGUAAUAAAACCUUACUUUACAUGAA